GCCUCUGCUCUGAUAACAUUGCCUUACAAGCUUCAAUCUUUCAUUGUUUUCCUUUAUCACAAUAAAUCCAAACAUCCCUGAACAAAAAAUGCACCGAACUGAGCAAGUGUAAUUGAGGGGCAUGUUCCUAUGGGCUUUUGAAUAGGGCGGUCCUAAACAGGAAAUGUAAUCAAAGUUUCUGACAUGCUGACUGGCUGUCUCUUGCGCAGUCUGAAAUAAUCCAUCAAUGCUGAAAUAUUAAUGCUGCUUAAUUAUAGACUGUGCUAAAAGCCAGAUCUAAUGAUGCAUUCUGUUUCCACCCACUACGCACACUUCCUGCUUUUUGAGAUUUAGAUAUAUCAUCUAAAGAUUUGUGUUAGUCUUUUUCAAACUGGGACAGCAAGAUAUUGCUGCAGUACAACAUUUUUUAUGCACAAUUCAUUUAAUUUUUGCCUCACUCUACGGUAUGGUAUGCUGUCUGUUUCUGUAAUUUUCUCAAUGUAUCUUCAAUUCUGUUCUGAUUAUGAAUGGUAUUGCAUUACAGUAAACUAAUGCAUUUUUAAACCUGCAUAAUAAUACUGGGUCUAUAUUUUCACAAUCUGAAGCUGAAAUGAGGCACUAGCUGUGCAAAAUGGCUACAGAUACCAUUUUAAAUUUGGGAUAACACAAGGCUUGAGGCUCCUUUCCUGUUGCUCCAGUUUUCUGGCUCGUUCCAUGCCAGGAAAGUAUUGGAUAACGUGAUACCUCCCUUAAAUAGACACCCACAGCAUAAACAAACUUCAGAGGGGCAAGAAACACUCUCCAGGGACAGAACCUUUCCCGCACCUCGAAGGCUCAGACUUUCUGUGGAUAGAUUUUUGGCUCCUGAUCUUCAUUCCAUAGACAAAGGAGGUUGCUAUUUUAAAAAACAAUUUUCACGGCGUGCAAAGUGUCAAGUUUGGCGGAGCCCAUGAGUUCGAAGAUUAAGUGGCGUAAACCGAAGCAGAUCCGGAAUGAUGUGAUCGCCACGGCAAAGGCCACGGGCCACACCCUCCAGUUCUGGAACGCCCUCAUGGUGGGCGACCAUUUGACCCUAAUCACUAUAAUGGAUGACGACGAGGGCUGCCACAUGAUUAAUUCCAUCUACGACACCAGCAACGUUGAGGAAUGGAAGGACUACCGUUUCAACUACAGAGGCCUCAGACUUUGGUCGCUGACCUACGAGCAGGAGCUGACCACGCCCCUUCACAUCGCAGCCGGGCGGGGCUUUAGCGAGUGCCUGAGGCACCUGCUGCAGAGGGGGGCCGACGUGGAGCUCACCCCGGCGGGGUCCACCGCGCUGCACGAGGCCUGCGAGAAUGGGCACGCCGAGUGCGCCAAGCUGCUGCUCUCCUACGGAGCCAGCGCCAACGCCGUGAGCGAGGAGGGCCUGAUGCCCCUGCACAUGUGCACCAGCCCCGCCUCCCUCGAAUGCGCCAAGUACCUCCUGCAGUUCGGAGCCACGGUGAACGGGCGGAGCCUGGAGGAGGACAACACCCUGCUGCACGUGGCGGCGCAGCACGGCCUGCCGGGUCACACGGAGCUGUACCUACGCUACGGGGCGGCCCUGGACCGGCGGAACGACGAGGGCAGCACGCCGCUCAACGCCGCCUGCUCACGGCCGCAGGCCGCCGAGGACCUGGGCCGCUACCACGACGUGUGCCGCAUGCUGCUGGCGGCCGGCGCCAACGUGCACACCGGCGACCAGGACAACCAGCUGCCGCUCCACAUGGCCUGCAAGAACGUCAACCCGGACACGGUGGACCUGCUGCUGCGGCACGGCGCCAGCGUCAACACCAUGUGCUACGCCGGCGACGCGCCCAUGCACAACGUCCUCAAGGCCGUGGCCUACAAGGCCGCCCACCAGCCCGAGCGCAUCGUCCGCGCGCUGCUCAACCACGGCUCCAUACGCGUGUGGCCCGGGGCCCUGCCCAAGGUACUGAAAUACUGCUGCAACUCUCCUCGCACAAUCGAGGUCCUCUUGAACGCGUACGACCGCCUCAAGAUCACAGACACCUGGGUGGAGAAUGUUCCGCCUGACGUCUUCCAGACGCACAGAGGCUUCUACGAGUCCCUGUUCUCCCUGGCGCAAGGUCCCCGCUCGCUCCAGCACCUGGCCCGCUGCAAGCUCAGGCUAGUCCUGGGAGCGCGCGUGCCCAGCGCUGUCCCCAAACUGGGGCUGCCCACCUUCCUGCAGAACUACCUUCUGCUGGAGUUCAGGGACUACGUCCACUGAGGAGGAGCGUGGCGUCUCCAUGCCGACACUGCCCGCCCACCCCACAUCCCUCCCACCUCACCCCUGACCCCGGAUGCCGAGGCUGCUGCAGGGCUCGAAUCGGCCCAGUUAACCGUCCUCCAACGUGCUCCAUUUGGACACUGCUUCCCUUUUUUCUACACAACUAUUUCUGAGAGGGAUGUUGUUUUUGUCUUUGUAUGCCAUUUGCACUUCUUAUUGGCCCAGAUGGUCAAACCAGAAGCUUACAGUACCACAGUUGAAGCAAAUUUCUGUCCACUACAGACCCACGAACAGCAAUGCACUGUGUAGCGUGAAACACUUUAAAAACACAUUCAAGUUGGUGUACUGCAGUGUCCACUGUGCACUGUUCAUAACCAAACAGUCACUCGGGCCAUCUGAAAGAUAGCCUCAAAUGCAGUGUGAUCACUGAUUGUACUCAAAACUGUUACUAUAGCUGCUACGCUGCAACCAUGUUUGAACUAUGGCUGAAUUUUGGUUGUCAAAUGGAGGUGUGGAGCAUGCAUGUACUCUUUUUAAGCGCACACGGUUCCCUUGCUGAGUUUUGCAAGCCCAGCUCUGGACCACAUAAUGCAAUAGGUACCAAGUCUCUGGGCUCUAUCAGUCUUGAUGCUAAAAAUGCAAAAACAAUGGAACCGCCACUGGAUAUGUAGAUACAACCGUUGCUAACGUGGGCUCUCCACAUGAGCCCUGUUCCUCCAGGGCUUUUUAUGGAAUGCUUCUAACAGCUGAAUCACACCUGGUUGGAACAGAUUGUUUCAUUUCUGAUGCAAGCAAUUAUGGUAGUAAAAAAAAAGACUUGAAUUAUGCAGACUUAGACUGGAGGCUCACAGUGCAAAUUAUUUUGUUACAAAGCAGUACAUUUGUAAAUAUAAUUAAGAUGCCUUUAAUGUUUGUAUGAUAACUGUUGGUAUACACAAAAAUAUUAUAUUUAAAAUGCUUAAAUAAGAAAUCAGAAAGAGAUUUUUACAUUUGAUGUAAAAUACUAAUACGUUUUUUGAAUACGUUCAAAUACAAGGAUGCAGUCUAAAACAUAGUUGUUGGUUUUUGGUAAAGAAGUGCUGCAAAUCAGUUGUACAAUUAAAGCAUAUUAAAUAUUAAUUGAAAAAAUUAUGGUUUAAAAGUGUCUAAUUUAUAUUUGUAUGACGUUGUUUAAAUGGUCGGUCAGUAUCAAAUCUUUCUACGUAUAAACAUUCCUCCACACUGUAUAACAAUUUUGGCCACAAGGGGGUGCCAGAGUCUUUGAAUUACAACUAAAGGUUAUAACUUUUUUUCUGAACUUGAGCAGACUGGUAGGUGUACUGAAAGCCAUCUUAUUGAGAAGCGAAAAAUGGAUGGUCCUCAAUGUAAUGAUAUAUUAAUUA